AUGACUACACUGUUCUCCCUCCUCCUCCUCCGCCGCGAGUGCGACGGCGACGACACAGUCUCCAGCUGCACAAAGCCAACCAGCCAAGCGCUGACAGUCGGUGUGCCCGCCGCGAUAACAGGAGUCCUCCUCCUGACAGCAAUAAUCGUCCUCGUCGUGCUCUACUUCAAACGCCAGCGCAGAGAUGAUCGCGAAGACCUAGAAGACCGCAAACGUACCUCGGGUUUCUACGGUCGCUACGCGCAACAGCGCUUCGGCAGCCAGGCAGCGGGCCAGGGACAGGCCCAGCGCGGCGCACCAACAAGCUCGCGUCGCAGUUCUGGCGAGUCCUUCUUUGAUUACAAGCAGGAGGAUUAUGGGCGGUAUCAUAUGGCUUCGUUCCAGGAGCCGGAGGCGCCGAAGCCUACUGCUACUGCUACCACGAGGGUGGUUGCAUAG